GACGUGGCGGCGGAAGCGGAAGCCGGUGGCGCGGCCCGGACAUGGCGGGACGGACGAACGCGGCCCGGGCCCGGCUGCGGCUCCUGGCGGCGCUGCUGCUGCUGCUGCUGCUGCCGUUGGGGGCGGCGGCGGCGGGCGCGCCGGAGGCUGUGGUGGAGCUGCGCGAGGACCGUGCCUGCUAUCAGGCUGCCUCUCACCGCUUCUGCUACACCAACACGCGCGCCCCGCAGUGGCACGACAUCUGGACCAGGGUGCAGAUCCGCGUCAACAGCAGCCAGGGCAUCCGGGUCACCCAGGUGGACAGCGAGGAGGAGCUGAGGGAGCUGGAGGAGUUCAGGGUGUGGAAUUUCCUCUUCUCCUUCCUGAAGGAGAAGCUGAACAACACCAGCAUCGACGUGGAUCUCUAUGGCAAAAAAACCUGCCUGAAGGUCGAGGUGCCGGAGGCCGGCACCACAUACUGCGUCAUGCUGUCCCGGCGGUUUGACCCUAAACUGUUCCUGGUGUUCUUCCUGGGCCUGUUGUUGUUCUUCUGCGGGGAUGUGCUGAGCAGGAGCCAGCUCUUCUACUACUCAGCCGGGAUAAGCAUUGGCUUGCUGGCCUCGGUGCUCAUCGUCUUCUACGUCAUGUCCAAGGUCAUGCCCAAGAAAAGUCCUGUUUACUUACUUCUGGUAGGAGGCUGGUCCUUUUCCCUCUACCUGCUUCAGCUCAUCUUCAAGAACCUACGGGAGAUCUGCAAGUCCUACUGGCAGUACCUGCUGAGUUACAUGCUGCUCGUGGGCUUGGUGAGCUUCGGCGUGUGCUACCGGUACGGCCCGCUGGAGAACGAGCGCAGCAUCAACCUGCUCUCCUGGACCCUGCAGCUCCUGGGCCUGCUGCUGAUGUACUCGGGCAUCCAGAUCCGCCCCGUGGCCUUGGCCUUGGUGCUCGUAGCCAUCUGCGCCAAGCACCUGGACCACCCUGUGCAGUGGGCCUAUGCUGCCUACAGGAGAGCGCAGAGCGCCCGGCUGGGGCCGAGCCCCCCCCGCCUGCUGACCGAGGAGGAGUACCGCAUCCAGGGCGAGGUGGAGACACGCAAGGCCCUCGAGGAGCUUCGAAGCUAUUGCAGAAGCCCGGAUUUCUCUGCCUGGACCGCAGUGUCCCGCAUCCAGUCUCCCAAGAGCUCCCUGCAUGCCAGGACCUCGCAGGCCACGUGGACGUGAUGGCACAGCCACGUCUUGGUGGCUUCUUCCCAGGUUUGCUGACUUCGUGGGCGGCGCCUCUCACCUCACCUCCAGAGAGAUUUCUUUCCAUGAGCAGGAGUAUGGCCUGGGUGGCAGCUUAUUUGAGGAGCAGCUCUUUGAGGAGGAGGAGGAAGAUGACUCCUUUGACACAGACCACAGGAGUGGCUCCCUGUCCUACAACCGCCUGGAUGCUGAUUGAGGUCAGCUGCCCCGGACCCUGGAAGGCGAGAGGCAGAACUGCUGGAGUCACCCUGCUUCCCUGACACCUGCGGUGCCCAAAGCCUUGUUUACAGGGGACAGCUGGUGUCGUCUGUGCCCAUCGCCUCUGAUCCCACCCCAAGCAGGGCUCCUGUUCGCCCUGCAGCAGAGCCGGGCUGGAAAGAGGACACGGGGAGCUGGCGCCCUCGUUUUCCCCAGGCAGUUCCAGCCAGGCUGAGGCACCAAAUGUCAUCGCAGCUCUCGUUGGCAGAGGGUUGCAGGGGCUGGUCCUUGACCAUGAGGUCUGUGUUGCUGCCGCAAUGUAGGACACUGGUCUGGAGUUGAGCUGGACUGGAGCCACCCUGGCUUUUGGGGUGUGUGCUUGCGUGCCUCCUGCUGCACACCUCGGAGGGGCAGGGACCUCCUUCCCAGGCCUUGGCGCUGAGCUGCCUCCUGUGUGCGCUGAGCACCAUGCCCCCGCGCUGUGGCUGGUGGGGGGGAGCCCCUCUCCCCCCCCCCCUUGCUCUGCCAGGGCGUCUCCACCUUUCAGGGUGGGGAUGGAACAAAAGGUCCACCUCGCGUGCAGAUGCCUGCAGGAGACAUGUUCAUAAAGGAACUUUGGACCCAUCCUGCCAGUACCUGCGUGCUCAGUACCUGCGUGCUCAGCACCUGCGUGCUCAGCACCUGCCUGCUGCGAGGCUGCAGUGUGGGGCGAGCACACCGGGGGCGGCUGCUGCUCCUCCUCCUCGUGCUUACCAAAGGUGCCCGAGGGCUGCAGCUGCUCAGGCUGUGCCUCUGACUUGGCGUAAUCCCCUGCAGCUACCAAAAAUCCCCCAGCGCUUCCCAGGCAGAGCCCCAGCUCCGUGGGCGGGGGGGUGUGAGAGCUGGGUGUGAGGCCCCGUGCCCCGCGGGUCGCCCCCAGCACCCCUCGCGGGUGCUGGCUCAGCCUCCCCUUCUCCCAGUGCGGACGUGCGCCCUGCCCAGCGGGGUGCUGGUGCUUCCGUGCCCUUUCCUCCUGGUGCCAGCCGGCACCGGGCACCCGCGUGCUCCCGCAGCAGCACCUGGGAGUGCACCCACAAAGUGCCUGCGCCGGGGGGUGCCGGAGCUGUUGCACUGCUGCUUUCAGCCCCGUCCCCACCACGCUCCUCUUGCGGCCAGCGCAGGGCAGGAGGCCUGGUGAAGAAGCCUGGAUGAAGCAGAGGUCUGGGGGGGGUGGGACGCCCAAAUCUAUGCAACUUCUUGUGGGAGUGUGGCCGUGGGGUUCGACAAGCCCCGUGGUUGGUGAUGACAUCGGACUCAACGAUGAGGCCAGGAGGAACGUAAGGUGUAUACGAGGAACAAAGAAGGGUGAUUCAGGAGACGCCUUGCCGUUAAGGCAUGGAAGUUGCUGGGUGUUUGCUGUUGUCAGGCAAAGUUGUUGACCAACAAAUAAUUAGUGAAAAAGUACUGCUGUAGAGCGAAUGGUGUGAGAAGGGAGCCUGUCCUCAAUAAGGGGAAGCCGAAGUUAUGUCAUUAAUAACGUAGUAGCAGUUACUGAUCCUAAAAGAGCCCUGGUAUCCGAGUGGUCUUUACGCCACAACUUCUUUGCAAUAAAACUGCCCUCCGGUAGCCUCACUGCCCUGGGCUGCUCCCCUACCCCUACCUUGCCGUGCUGCUGCCCCUGCUUACGCUUUUGAUUUAUUUCUGGCCUAGGUUUGCUCUGCUCCAGCACUGAGCUUUACCCCCGCGUGAGCAGCCUCUGCUGAUGCCUCCCUCUGUCUCCUUGGUGUGCUUAAUGCAGGUUGGCGACCGAGUAUAUUUUUUUAAUAAAGGUAUGUUUUCUAG